AUGACAGAGUUCAAUCAGGUCUUUUCGAAGGAGGGUGAAAAAAGCAAAGUAGCUUUAAUAACCGGUAUAUCGGGACAAGAUGGUUCCUACUUAGCCGAAUUAUUGAUAUCAAAAAAUUACGAUGUUCACGGUGUUAUACGACGUGCCAGUACGUUUAAUACCUCAAGAAUUCAGCAUUUAUACGCAAAUCCAAAAACUCAUAAGCAUGGAAAAAUGAAAUUGCAUUAUGGUGAUAUGACAGAUACAAGUUGCUUGAUUAAAAUUAUUAGUGAAAUUCAACCGGAUGAAAUUUACAAUUUAGCUGCCCAAAGCCACGUAAAGGUAUCAUUUGAUUUAAGCGAAUAUACUGCUGAAGUAGAUGCACUCGGAACAUUAAGACUUUUAGAUGCUAUAAGAACAUGCAGAUUAGAAAAAACAGUUAGGUUUUAUCAAGCUUCAACUUCUGAACUUUAUGGUAAAGUCCAAGAAAUACCUCAAAAAGAAACAACUCCAUUUUAUCCUCGGUCACCGUAUGCUUGUGCCAAACUCUAUGGAUACUGGAUAGUUAUUAACUAUAGGGAAGCAUACAAAUUAUUCGCUUGCAAUGGAAUUCUAUUUAAUCACGAAAGUCCUAGACGAGGUGAAAAUUUUGUCACACGUAAAAUAACAAGAUCAGUUGCCAAAAUCGUUUUAGGACAGUUGGACGUAUUAGAAUUAGGAAAUUUAGAUUCGAAAAGGGAUUGGGGACAUGCCAAAGACUACGUCGAAGCAAUGUGGUUAAUGUUGCAACAGGAUAAACCUUCGGAUUACGUUAUAGCGACCGGAGAAUCACAUUCCGUGAGAGAAUUUGUCGAAGCAUCAUUCCGUUACGUCGGCAUUAAAAUAAUUUGGGAGGGUAAAGGAGUAUCCGAAGUCGGAAAAGAUGCUGCCACUGGUAUAGUGAGAGUAAAAAUAAAUCCGAAAUAUUUUCGACCGACAGAAGUUGAUUUUUUAUUGGGUGAUCCGACGAAAGCAAAAAAUGAACUCGGAUGGAAACCGAAAGUGACGUUUUUGGAACUUGUCAAAGACAUGAUCGAUGCUGAUUUAGAACUCAUGAAGAUGAAUCCGGUCGCAUGA